AGACUGAGACAGAGGAGAGGUCAUUCUACGGGAUGAGAUACUACUGAUUCCAGCAUUUUUAUAUAUUUUCCAUUUGCUGGCAUCAGCAUAUACCGCAGCUACUUUUUCCACUUCCAUUACCUUGACUGGUGGAUGCAUUUUGUUUCCGUAAGAUACAGGAACACCUGGGAAGAGGAGAAAAAGAAGAAAGAAGAAAGAGCUGUGCAAUCUUAUUGUAUAGACAUCCCAGGUUUAUGCUUUGAUUGUUUAGCUUCCCUAUACACAUCUGGACAGUGUUUUCCCCUUCACCAUGGCGGGCAGGUGGAACCUCCUGAUACUGGCUUUGUCCUUGUCUUUCGUCACGGUCCUGUCGGUCUCAGAAUGCCCACGUGGAUAUGAUCUUGAGGAGGGAACAUGCAUUGAUCAAGAUGACUGUGCUGUUAAUGAGGACUACCCUGAUGAAGUUGGGAUAUGUGGAGAGAAUGCCAACUGUUUCAACACGAUUGGCAGCUUCUACUGCAGUUGUCAAAAUGGUUUCAGAUCAACGGGGGCUGUGAACUUUUCAGCUGAAACAUCUGCAACAUGUAAAGAUAUUAAUGAGUGUGCGGGAAACAAAGACAUCUGUGGACCUAGUGCCACUUGUCAUAACUCAAUUCCACAUUAUUCCUGCAUUUGUGAUGCUGGAUUCAUUUCCACUACUGGAGCGGAAACUUUUCUCCAAGGUGACAAUGUUACUUGCAAAGAUAUCAAUGAAUGUGCUGAAGAAAACAUUUGUGGGCCGAAUGCAAUGUGCAUCAACACCUCUGGUUCUUACUACUGUCACUGCAAUCCUGGUUUUGGAAGGAAAUCUAGCUCCUCUGACAAUCAGGAGCCAUGUGAAGACAUAUGUAUCAUCAAUAAGACAAUCUGCGGAAAUGGAACCUGCCACCGUGGAGCCAGCGGCCACUACUGUGCAUGCCACGCAGGCUUCACUAACUAUGGCAACAAAGAGUCUCGCUGCACUGCAUUAAACUGCGAUGUGUACCAAGAUAUGAUCGAUCUGCAGAUGAUGCCACAAGAUCUUGUGAAACAGUUGAAAAAAAGCUGUCUGGACCUUACAGAGAGUGAGAAUCCAACAGAGCUGGACGUAGAGGAAAUACUCAAGAGACUGUUGGCUGCAAUCGACGAGCUCUUGUCCAGUGGAGCCUUCAAUGAUAACAGGAAGAUCUCCACCUUUUUGGACUUGGUCGAGAACCCUCUGAGGUUGAUAGGAGCUUUCAUUAAGCCCCCCGGGACAAAAAGAUCCUCCACCCACACAGAGGUGGAGCUGCUGGUACAUAAGGGACAUGACUUACCCCAGGGAGCUGUGAAUUUAACAUCUAAGCACGCCAAGCUGGACAUCAAUUUGGAGACAGCUGCUGGAGACCCCUCCUCUUACCCUGGCUUUACGAUAGUGUCCUUGCUGACCUAUGCAAACCUGGAAGACUCCGCAGAAGGCUUCUAUCAUGCGAUGAAACCACAAGAUAACAAAACCUUAAAGAUCAACUCUAAAGUCGUGACUGUUACUGUCAGUAACAGAAACACAAGCCACCUCAAAGAGCCGGUCAAACUGACUUUCCACCACCUCAAACAGUCAAAUGAAUCCACCUGUGUGUUCUGGGAUUCUCUGGAGGAAGGAGGGUCAUGGUCUACUCGAGGCUGCAGUGUGGUGGAGUCGAAGCCUGAAUACACUGUGUGUUCCUGCAACCAUCUGAGCAGCUUUGCUGUGCUCAUGGCGCUCUAUGACAUGGAGGACAACUUUGAGUUGCAGCUGAUCACCUGGGUGGGUCUGUCCUUAUCACUGAUUUGCCUGUUCAUCUGCAUCCUGACAUUCUCGUUGAUCCGCUCCAUCAAAAGCCCAAGAACCACCAUCCACCUGCACCUCUGCAUCUGCCUCUUCAUUGCCACCCUUAUCUUCCUCGCAGGCAUCUCUCGUACGGAGAGCCGGGUUGGCUGUGCAGUGAUAGCAGGGCUGCUGCAUUUCUUCUUCCUGGCAGCAUUUUGUUGGAUGUGUCUAGAGGGCAUACAACUCUUCAGGAUGGUAGUCCUGGUCUUUAACACCAACUUCAAAACCCUCUACAUGAUGGCAGGUGGCUAUGGAGUCCCAGCUGUUAUUGUCACUAUCUCUGCUUUCACAAAUGCCCAGGGAUAUGGCACCAAGAGACAUUGUUGGUUAAACCUGGAUUUCAUUUGGAGUUUCCUUGGCCCUGCCUGCGCCAUCAUCACUGUCAACAUUUUCUUCUUUCUCAUCACUGUGUGGAAGUUAGCACAAAAGUUCUCAAGUUUAAACCCUGACCUGAACAAUCUGCAGAAAAUAAAGACGUUCACCAUUACUGCAGUGGCUCAGCUGUGUUUGUUGGGCACCAUGUGGAUCUUUGGCUGUUUCCAGUUCAACAUAGACACAAUAUGGGCAUCAUACCUGUUCACGAUCUUUGGCAGCCUUCAGGGGAUUAUGCUUUUUGUCAUGCACUGUCUGUUUUCUAAACAGGUGAGGGACGAAUAUGGAAACAUCCUGACCAGAUGCUGUACACCUUGGAAGAAGAGCUACUCAGAAUUCAGUUACUUGCACAACAGCAAAGCUCAAGCCUCCAAGAGCAGCCAGGACACGGGAGAGUCUCGCAUCUGAGGAGAUGAACAGGGAUGUCAGAGCAAAGUCUCAUCUCAGACAUACAACAAAGUACUGCUAUCCCUUUUGUAGUCAAUGCACCUGUUUGUGUCACUGCACAAUGUUGUAAAUAUUUUGUUUCCAUAAGUUUUCUUUACCUUUUACCUUGUUUAAGCUAUUUCAAAUGGAAUUGUUGAUUGUUUUAUUUAAUAGAAAUUAAGGAUUUCCUUCAAAAUAUGAAAUGAUGUUCGACCGUGAAUAUUGCAAUAAUAUUCUUUUUCUAAAAAAACAAAAAUGAAUGUUUUGAUAUUUAAUAGGCAAAGCUCUUUAGAUAACUGAUGGGUGAAGCACAUAGUGCAAUUAUUUUAUUCACGUUUUGGAAAAAUAAUCUCCAAAUAUUUGGAUUUUUUUUCAUAUGUGGAAAAAAAUGGACUGGUCCAAAAUAUCAAAGUGAUAGAUAAUUUAAUGAAGACCUGUUUUAUCAGGCAGAUUUAAUAUUGCUUGUCAUGUCAUCCAGGUACUUUAUUCAACCAGUAAAGACAAUCUGAAAGCUAUUUCUGAGGCAAGCACUUUUUUUCUGCAUAAUAUGUCCAUCAUAUAUAAAUUGAAGUUAUCUAAAUAAGUUAAAAUGAAAACAAUUAUGACAUAUAAGUUAAUGUUUGUAUAUAUUGCUUGGAAAUAAAGUAUAUUUUAUGUAAAUGACUGCAUUCCUGUUCUAUUCAGCAUGAUGUUGAGAUUGGGAGAUGUUAAAUGUAUUCUAUCUUAUUGUUUCAAAAGAGUUUUUAUUUCCUUCAUUUCAAAACUUGAAUAUACAAAGAUAACUUUUGUUAUUAUGGUCUAUAAGAAUGUUGUUAAGUACUGAUUUCAGCACAUUUGGACUUUCUCGUUGAUAUUUGGUCAUAAAUAAUUUUCUUUUGUGAAGCAUUUCUGAUUGACUUUUUUAUUUUAAAUGAUGGUUAUUUUCAUUAUGUUUAAUGUUUUCAUACCUCCCCUGGAAGCUU